UCUUCUACGGUUUCCAAAGUUCGCACCGGAAAAGGGUAGUUGAGAAGGACGCCCGCCUGUGUGAGCUGUAGGCUUGCUAAAUUUGUUCUUCUUCCCCACAAUUUGUUGGGGGUGGAGGUGGAAAUCUGAGCGGAAGUACAUUUUGUUUUUGGAAGAAGAUCAAAUCCUAACCGCAUCUUCGCAUUCGACUCGGAUUCGUUCUUGAGAGGGAAGUGCUGGAGAGUUUUCUUUGAGUUGGAGCUCGCGUGUAAUGGAAGAGAUGGAGAGGGUGAAGAGCAAGUGUGAGGACGUAUGAUUUUCGGAUGGAUGCUGUGGUUUGAGUGAUUUAUUCAGAUCCAGGGAAGUGGUGUUUGGAAAGUGGCACGUCCAUUUUUGUUUGCUAUGUGAUCGAUCUACGAGCCUCGGCUUCCGUAGGAUUUGUCUCCUAUGCCUGUAGGACUUCUCGGCCUUCUUAUUUCACAAGCUUCAGGAUGAGCCAUUAUUAAAAAUUUGUGUCUAUAAAAGAGCUGUGUGAUCGGAUCUCGGUGGUUCUGUGCUUUUAGGGUGCUCUGCUCUUGGUAAAAUCUUAAGAAACCCAGUGAAGCCGCUGAACUUUGCAGGGUAAACAUGUCCAGGCGAUGACGAGGAGGAAGAAGGCAGGUUUGAGAAAUGAAAGGAUGUGCGGUUUGUAAGAGUUUUGAAGGAUAUUAUUACCUGACGUACUACUGGCAAUUUGAGGAGAGCAAUUUGGGGUGGGCGUUUGAUGGAGGAGAGUUCUCUCGUGCUUGCUCUUCAUGUUAAUGUUAGGAAUUCGGUCCGACAUACUCCAAUGCAGAUUACAGGCCUCAGAGUGAUGGCUAACACUGCAGGCUUGUUGUCUGAUUCAGAAGAAGUUAACUUGAUAGCAGAAGGUUCUGGACGUAGUAUUUCACUCGAGAUGGAAGUACACGAUGUUGCGGAAAUUGUGGAAAGAGGUGAUUCUGAGGAUUUGGAAGCAAGGGCCUUACCAGGAUGUGAAGAUGAGGCGUCUGUAGUUUCUAUUGAUAUGGAGCAGCUGGUGGAGAGCUCCUGCUUGGCUAUCAGCGAUGAUAGCAGCAUCAUAACGGCUGCUAAAGAGUUGUUGGAUUCAGAUACAGCCUUAAUUGGUGUUUCAGGUUGCAUAGAAGCUACUGUGAAGAGCAUCAUCACUGGCGUCGAGAUUAUUGCUGGGUCUUCUAUCGGGAAACUGAGUGCUAGUUUAGUGAGCAUAAGCUCAAAGACUGAUGAUCUGAAAGUGCCAGCAUUUGCUGACAUCAACAUACAUGAAGGCCUGGUAAGUUUAAGGGGUAGGCGUAGUGUUUUUGCAUUGGAUUAUGCUCCUCUUUGGGGGUGCGUAUCUACAUGCGGAAGGAGACCUGAAAUGGAAGAUGCCGCUAUUGCUAUGCCAUGGUUUCAUGAAAUUCCAUUCAGCAUGCUUACUAGUGGUUCAGUGGUGGAUGAUAUCUGUAUGAACUCUGGCUGCUUACCUGGCCAUUUUUUUGGAGUCUAUGAUGGUCAUGGUGGCGCUCAGGUCGCUAACUACUGCAAGGAUCGCAUGCAUUUUGCAUUAGCUGAGGAGAUAAAGAAUAUGAAUAAAGGUUCCACUGGAAUUGAAGGCGAUGGUUGGCAGCGAAAGUGGGAAACUGUUUUCAUCAAUUGCUUUCAAAAAGUUGAUGAUGAGGUAAGUGGGGGAGUAAGUAGAAGUUUAGAAGGAAACACAUCAAGCGCCUCUCUUGUUGAUAGUGGCCAUGGUUCUGCCAUUACUUUAGAAACCAUUGCUCCAGAGACUGUUGGAUCUACUGCUGUAGUUGCUGUAAUCUGUUCAUCACACAUUAUUGUGGCUAAUUGUGGAGAUUCAAGAGCUGUUCUAUACUGUGGAAAACAAGCAAUACCUUUAUCAGUUGACCAUAAACCGGACAGAGAGGACGAGUAUCAAAGAAUUGAAGCUGCAGGAGGCAAAGUGAUCCAGUGGUAUGGAUCCCGUGUAUUUGGUGUCCUUGCAAUGUCAAGGUCUAUUGGCGAUAGAUAUUUGAAACCAUGGAUAAUUCCUGAACCAGAGGUCGUCAUCGUUCCUCGCGCACGAGAAGAUGAAUGCCUAAUUUUAGCCAGCGAUGGUUUAUGGGACGUCAUGUCCAAUGAAGAGGCGUGCGAUGCUGCUCGAAAGAGGAUUUUGCUGUGGCACAAAAAGAAUAGUGGCAUAACUCGUUCAACUCAAAGGGCUGCGGGGGCUGAUCCUGCUGCACAAGAAGCUGCAGAUUAUCUCUCAAGACUUGCAAUUCAGAAGGGUAGCAAAGACAACAUUACUAUAGUCGUGGUUGAUCUCAAAGCACACAGGAAGCUCAAGAGCAAAACAUAACUAGGUAAUUUUUCUGCUGUUUUUAUUCAUCUGGAACUCGGUUAUAGCUACAGUUACUCUCUAAAUAAUAUUGGCAAAUUAUUUUGGGCGGAGGUCGCAAGCAAGCUUAUGUUCGGAUUUGUUGCGCUUUUGCUGUAUUUUUGCAAAAGGCGGCUCAUAUAGAAUUUUAAUUGCAUAUUAGCUAUCCUUUAGCAAAAAUACAGCAAAAGCGCAGCAAAUAUCUUACUAAUUGAGUAUUUGCUGUUUUUUUGCUACGUUUUUGCAAAUGCUCAGCAAAAGGGCAGCUAAUACGUAAUUAAAAUUGUCUAUUAGCUGCCUUUCGCAAAAAUACAGAGAAAGCGCAGUAAAAACGCAGCAAAUCCGAAUUUAAGCUUGUGUGCGGUCUCUGCAUAGAAUAAUUUGCCCUAAAUAUUUGCCCAUUCUGCCUUUUUUGGUCUGGGCUGUAAAGUUGCACUAGGGGUGUCAUGUUGGGCUUCUCUACUGUUUUAUGUUCCUAGAGGACUUGGAAGUCAUGCUGUAUGAUUUGAGUUUCCAUAAUCAAGAAAAUUUAAUUACCAUGGUCUGGUGUUUGAACUUCAAA